AUGCAUAAAUAUAUCUUAUCCUUACUCCUAGUACGCCUACUACUGCCAGCUGCUCUUUUAUUAAGUAUAGCACUACGACCGUUCGGCCUCUCAUUUAUAUAUCUCCUACUCUACUUAAUAGCACCUUUCCCUCGAGUACCUGAUUCGAAGACAUUUAAAGGAUGGCGUGGGAAAUAUCUCUUUCUGAACAUCGUUGUGUCCGUUCUCCUCCUGUUAACUCACGCAGCGUGGCACAGCGCUUUAGCGGCUUAUGGCAGUUACGGCUCUAUCUUGAACGAAUACCCUCUUCUGGAAGAAAUUGGAUUGAACCUCGGCCUAGUAUCGUACGCUGGCAUAGAACCUCUCAUGGCUGUGCACUAUUUGGCUCCUGAGUUGUUGAUGACAGGAGUGUCGUUAUCAGUUUAUCUAAUGGUACGCAAACUCCUCGUUGGAUCUCCUACGGAGGAAGUGGAGAGGAAAAGUUCGAAACAUCAGCAAUAUCCCCUUCUCACCAGUGCAGGAAAGUACGCAGCGCUGUUCCUCAUAAUGUUCUCCGGUAUAAUGCGGCCGAGUAUAACGUCGGGGAUUUACUUCUUGGUAUUUAUGGGUGCCGCCACCUCCUGGGCGCUGGGUCGACCUUUAGAGCGAGGGUUCGCAGUCAUCAGCCGCUGUGUUAUGGCCAUAAUGGCUAUACACAUUGGUGUGCUCCUUGUCUAUCAAUGUUCGUGGCUGACUGAAAUAUAUCCACCUGAUAUGGAUAUGGCCAGAUAUUUCGGCCUCACAAAGCUAGUUGUAAUCAAUAGUACGAAUUCUUCUACGAGCUUCAUUUACGAAGUCACAGUAGACCACAGGUGGGCAACGCUAGCGAGUCCUCUAGUCAUACUCUUUUCAUAUUUCUUUCUCGCUUUGGAAUCUAGAGAGCUCUUUAAACCUAAGGCGAAGAAAAAGAGUGCUUUAACUGGUGUAGAAGCGGGGAAGGUGAACGGGUCACUGUUGCGUGGUGUUUCCUUCCACCGCGCCAGUCGAUACGCUCCUAAGGAUAAAUGGAGGAGCGCUACUAAUAAAGUUCGAGUUGUAUUUUCGUACAUAAAUUCCAAAGCACUGCGCGGUGACACCAGUGAAACUACUCCUUUAAUCAAAACUGUAAGUCCGAGCAAGAGGUGGUCUAGUGUCCGAUCUGGGUCAGUAUCUCGACAGCUGCAUCAAGACUCAACUGGAUCGGUUGUGGUCCCAGAUGAAGAAUCAGUUUUAGAAAUCGAACAACCAACCUUGAUGGAUGAUAUAGUGGCAGCUAUUAUUGACUUCUUCCAAGUUCUUGUAAGGUCGUCGUAUAUUGCGACAACUAUUACAAUGAUGGCGUGGAGUAUUAUGUUUCAUUCGUGGCUAACUUUCGUGUUUUUGAUGUGGGCAAACAUAGUGUGGCUAUGCCAGGAUCAAAGGUCUUUCAUGUUGAAAACCAGUCCGAUAUUAGUAGUUUAUGCCAUGUUAUUACUCUUGGCUCAAUACAUAUAUGGCAUGGAUUUGUACGAAUAUGAAUUACCAUCAAAUAUAACGGAAGUCAAUCUCCGUCAAAUAGGCUUGGGACGAACUGACGGUGAGCCGUGUGUCCCACUUCUGAUAAAAUCCAUAUUCACGUGUAUGUUCUGGGUGACGUUGCGCCAGCGCAUACAGGAGAUUCGUCAGAGACGCCAGUCCUCCGUCAUUUCGGAUAUAGCUGCGCCUUUACAGCUCACUGUCUCAACAGCUGCUAGCGCGCUUGAGGGGGAACGAGAAGAAGAAAGUCGUUCACGCCUUUUGCGAGCGUUUGGUGAAUGGCUCCGGGCAAUAUGCGCACGCUAUUGGAUCUACGUGGUCGUGAUCAUGCUUUUCGUAAUCGGCAUCACUGGCGAGCGGAUGACCAUAUUCCGCAUCAUUUACAUGUUCCUAUUCCUUGGUUUUAUACUUAUGUUCCAAAUAAGUUGGUACUGGUGGCGAAAACUAAUGUACAUAUUUUGGAUAACGUUGAUUAUAUACUCGAUGAUAAAUUUGAUAUUAAUAUACAUAUACCAGUUCGAUAACUUUUCGAAAAUGAUAGAGACAUAUCUUCUAAUUAACGAACGACUGCAACACGAUCUUGGCCUAGACACAUAUCACCCAGCGGAUUUAUUCGUAAAACUGUUGACGCCUACUUUAUUCUUAAUUAUUACAAUAAUGCAAGUACAUUACUUUCAUAAAGAUUUCAUGGCUCUUUCGGAUCCGAAUACAAGGAACAAUAGUUUGGUUCAAGUUGAUUCUAGUCGCCCGAGCAAUGCUGGUCCAUCGACUACGAAAGAUGAUGUGCCGGCUUUGCCAUUAGAAGAUGAACGGGAAUUACGUGAAACGAAUUCUCCAAGCGACACGGAAGCUGAACAGUCAAUAGGCACCUCUUCGUUACGCACUGCUGCCAGACGUUCUUUGCAUAGAAAAACAUCGCGCUCGUACGCACCGACCGUAACGGAACGCGGCUCCAUCAAGUUUCGCCCGUGGGUGAUUGCCACCCUUGGAAAAUUACGGCACAUCCUCUCUUGGUGGAUCGACAAGGCUUUCAUAUUUCUCGAUAUUCACCUUAUCAAGAUUCUCUUUAUUGCACUAAUGCUGCUCUGCGUCUUCAAUGUCUGCGCAAUGCAUGUGCCCAUAAUGUUAAUUAUAGCUCCGGCACUUUUGCUGAGUUCAAGGAAGCAACGUUUCUGUAUGCUCGUCAUAUCGACGCUGAUAAGCGUAUAUCUUAUGGCCAAGAUGGUCUACCAAAUUGAGUACAUACAACAUUCAUUCUUUGACGUUAACUGUACAAUGGAAGGAGAUAACAGCACGAUGAAUACAACAACAUACAACAAUGCCGAAUGGAUUGGUUUCCUUAAGGCAACGGCGAACAAGAGACUAGCAUAUCUUCUAAGGGGAUAUAUCGCCCUCAUAGCCUGUUUUACUGUCUAUUCUUUGGUUACGUACAGACAGCAAUCGCGCAGAGAAUCUGGCUUGCUGCCAAACAUAAGAGAAAAACUAAUGUUCCCCGACAUAACUCGAAAUGACGCGGACAAAGAUUUAAUACAUUACAUAAAGUACUUAUUCAACUAUGGCUUCUACAAAUUUGGCGUCGAGAUAACAUUGAUAUGUUUAAUGGGCGUUAUCGGGUCACGUAUGGAUUUAUACGCAGUGAUUUAUUCGGGAUGGUUGUUGGCUCUUGUUUCGUUACGCCGGAAACAACUAGCGAAUCUAUGGCCCGCCUUCACCGCACUUAUCACGCUACUAGUACCACUACAAUAUAUGCUGGCAGUGGGGUUCAUGCCACAAUUCUGUAUUCAGUAUCCUUGGGCAGGUGACGACCAGCAAAUGAAACAUGUUCGAAAUUGGCUGUUUCUCCCUUACACAGCUGAACCACCGCACGCCGUUAAACUUAUCUUUGACUUCUUCCUGCUAAUGUUUGCCUCACGGCAGCUUAAAGUCUUCCGCUUAGAGAGGACUCAUGGCGACAAUUAUCCAGGUGGAUCUAACAGUGAAGAUAUAGGAAAGGACUGGGAGACGCCGGACUUUGUCAACCCUAUUCCUGAUUUUCUGGACUACGUGGGAACAUGGCUCGACGUAAUCAAACGGAUGGUGUUCCUGGGAAUGUUAUGGGUAACGCUUGCUAUUAUGUUCAUGACUGGCACCAAUCGUGUGAAUCUAUUCUCUAUGGGAUACCUCAUCGGUUCCUUUAUAUUCUUGUGGCAAGGAACCGACUUCUACUUGCGACCGAAAGAGGCUAUACUGCAAUGGUGGUCUUGGCUAGUACGUUACAAUGUAUGUGUCGUUGUGGUAAAGGCGGUACUCCAAAUUCCCGGUUGCAUGUUUAGUCGGGUGAUGCAGGAUAACGCGUGCUGGCUCGUGCAGUUACUGGGUAUUGGAUGCGUUGACAAGUUUGCUGGUGGAAACAUAGCGCGCUUUCUGAAGAUGCACUACGAUAAGGAUUCUGCCUGUUCUGUACCACAAGAAGACAUUGGAUUAGCGUGGGAUGGAGUGUGUUUUGCAUUCCUUAUCCUUCAAAGAAGACUUUUCCAUAGCUAUUAUUUCUACCGUGUUAUUGAUGAAAGCAAAGCGACUACUGUCCUAGCUUCCAGAGGUGCAGAGCUAAUCGAAGAAUUGCGACAAAAGCAAAUGCACGUGCAGGAAGAGCAAGAGGUGAAAAUAUUGGAGAAAAUCAAAGUGAAAAUGGAGAGAAUUAAAGCCAAUCAGAAAAAAAUACAAGGUGUCAUGUCUAAAGAACCGGAACACCACGACGCAGAAGAAGACGAAGAGACGGAAGGAGAAGAGACAGAUCGGGUUCCGCUCGAACGCGGAGAAUCUGACGCGACGGUGCGCGGCUUCCAUACCCCCGAUAGCCCACGAUCCCCACGCGGUUUCCAUACACCACGAACACCGUCUCCGCGACACAACCUCCCACCGACUCCUUCCCCCCCACCCUUGCCAUUACCUGCAAUCCCCAUGCCCCCCGUACCGCCAGGGCCUCCUUCGCCUUCAUCCGCAUUGAUGACUGUAUCUCUCGAUUCUUAUCUAGAGCCGAGACGGAUAUCAUUUGAAUCACCGCCGUCUUCCGAGCUCCUACCAAGGGCACAGAGUCCCGAGGAAUCAUAUCCGGUCUUUUCCCCCCCACCGAUCCGUCGCCGUCACACCGUCGCGAGUCCGAGCGUUCUUCAGCGUACUUCCAUAAUUUCUCAGUCCAGCCGCGCCGAACCGAAUUCUCAUCAUACGUGUAGCCAUGGCGGGUCUUCUAGGCAACGGUUAUUCACAAAGCGACACGAAGCUGUGAGGUCCGGAGAUUACUACAUGUUCGAUGAGUUUGACGACACCGAUAUUCACCUGAAAGAUGACGAAUCAAGUUCCGACGAAGACGCUCCAAAAGAGAUGGGUUUCGGCAAGAUUCGGCCAUUAUCGUCCCGGGGAGAUGUAAGAAGAGAUGACGACGCAACAAUGGCCCGACCCGGGCCAUCCUCAGAUUUAGAUGAAUUUGCUCCUCCACCUGAAAGCGAGACCUGGAUGGAUAAAUUGAAAGGGUACAUCGACACAGCCGGAGCAUUCAUAGCCAGUUUACUAGUGUCAGUGACAAGGCACCUCAUGAAGUACUCACGCGACUACCGUUAUGUUUCAAGAACCCUAUCCGUCGAGAAGAAGAUACUCAAAGAAAAAGAAGGCUUCGGUAUUGGAUUGAGAGAAGGUUCACAGAUGAUUUGGGAACCAAUGCCGGACGCCGUCUUACAUAAUCGUAAAUUAAGCCAAAUAAGCGUUCCGGAGAUACGCAUCCUCGCGCCAAGUAUGGAGAGGGGCUUGGAUAUCCAUCCUAGCCCGGUCCCCUCGCGCCGCGACACCCCACUCUCUUCGAGCUCCGAAUCCACCAUUGACGACGAUACAUCAGAACAUGAGAGCGCAUUUAGCUUACAGACCACUGAAAGUAAGGACCUCACAACUUUGGAAGAACAAGAUGAUUCGAUGUUCAAACAAGAUAAGUCGGCGUUUGUCCAUCUCUGCUACGCCCUCUGGUUCGCCAUAUUGGCACACACGGAUAUUGUGUGUUACAUUAUGGUGUUUAUUAACCAGAUACAAUCUGCUACAAUACUCUCGAUUCCACUUCCGUUAAUGGUUUUCCUUUGGGGAACUUUGACAAUACCUCGACCAACCAAAACAUUUUGGGUCACCCUUAUCGCUUAUACCGAGGUGAUCGUUUUAAUAAAGAGUAUGUUUCAAUUCGAAAUACUGCCGUGGAAUCAGAAGGCGAUACCGGCAAACAUGCCUUUCACUGCUCCACGAAUUAUCGGUAUCGAACGAAAGUACAAUUACGCACUCUACGACUUGCUACUACUGCUCAUUAUAUUCCUGCAUAGGUUUAUGUUAAAGUCACUAGGUCUUUGGAAAGAGUCGUCCCCUGAUACGGAAUUACAGGAAGACACCGAGUAUCCACUCACUGCGGAAGACACGCAAAUGCUGGUCGAGGGGCGUGGCGCCGAAGUGGGAAAGAAGUAUAUAAAGUUGCAUGAGAAGAUUGUUCCAGAACAAGAUACCGGUUCAAACGGCAUCUUACAAAGAAGCACUGACCUAGCACCUGUUGAAGAUGAGGCAGGCCCAUCUAAAGAAAGAUAUUCAGAUGAAUACACAGUAAAUGACGAUAAGGAACCGAUCAUCGCCGUAAAUACAACAAUCGAGGAAUCGUAUCAACACUUUCCUACUGUCAUGAUGCUGUCGUUUAAGCGAUACCUGCGUCCGACACAGUGCUUCUUCGAGCGUAUGUUGGCACCGGGUGCGCGCGUGACGGCUGAUGUCUACGCCUACAUGUUCCUCUGUGACUUCUUCAACUUCCUUGUAGUCAUAUUUGGUUUCGCCGCUUUUGGAACGCAUCAAGGUGACGGCGGAGUUCAAACCUACUUCGAAGAGAACAAAGUCCCGAUUCCGUUUCUGGUGAUGUUGAUCCUGCAAUUCGCGCUGAUUAUCAUCGACCGCGCCCUCUAUCUGCGCAAGUUCAUGCUGGGCAAAAUACUAUUCCAAUACGCGCUUAUCAUCGGCGUUCAUAUAUGGAUGUUCUUCGUCCUGCCGUUUAUAACUGAAAGAACAUUCAAUACACUUCUACCGCCUCCACUUUGGUACAUGAUGAAGAGCAUCUACCUCUUGCUAUCGGCAUAUCAGAUCCGGUGCGGCUAUCCUCGUCGGAUAAUUGGAAACUUUUUGUGCAAAUCAUAUAGAUUCCUCAACAUGAUUUGCUUCAGAGGGUUCAUGGCAGUGCCUUUCCUCUUCGAACUGCGCACGCUCAUGGACUGGAUCUGGACGGACACUUCAAUGACUCUCAUGGAUUGGCUUAAGAUGGAGGAUAUUUUUGCCAGCGUCUUUCUACUUAAAUGUUCGCGUUACGUCGAAGAUGAAUUCCCCCAACCUCGCGGUGUCAAGAAGUCAACCACAUCCAAAUAUUUGCUGGGGGGUGGAGUCUUGGCCUUCGUCAUCGCCAUCAUUUGGUUCCCUUUGGUUUUCUUCGCUUUUGGUAAUUCUGUGGGUGAACCAAAUCCUCCGACCGAUGUAACUGUGAAAAUUCGAAUUGGACCCUUUCUUCCUGUCUAUCAAAUGUCGGCACAAUCCCACAACAUUGAUGUUUACACAGAGCAGGACUACACUCAACUGAGCAAUAUGUACGCGCGCGACCGCACAGCUCAAACGUUCCUGUCAAACUACAUGUACAACGAUGUUGCUGUCAUCACAAUUAAUCCCAAUUCGACCGCAGUCUGGAACAUUUCUCCACCAGAACUCGACCGAUUGGAACGCGAAGCGCUUUCUAAUUCAUCUCUAUCAGUGAAAUUCACGUACGUUAUCACUCACCCGAGUAAUAACCCUCAAAACCCGCCGACAAUCGAGAACAACCGAGAAGUACCCCUGGACGCGUUCAUCGACGGAAAGAGGAACCCGGAGAGAGAUACUCUACUCAACCUGUUAGCAGGCACAGCUUCACCAAACGUUUGGUUGAACGUGAAACAUUUGUUCCCGAAGUUCGUGAAGGUUUUCAACAAAGGGACAUCGAAGCCAUCUUUCCAAUUAAUGCCUCCGAUUGGUUUAGACGAUAGCGAUGACGCAAGAUAUUACAGAAACGUCAAACUACGAUUAGAGAGAGAUAGAAACGCCAGUUACUGGCGGGUGCAUGAAGCUUGCGAAGAAAGGGACCCGCUGGCGUCGAUCCCUAUGAACAACUGCGAUAUGCUUGUGAUGUACACAUUUAACGACAAGCUAUUCCCAGAGACACUUAACUUUAUAUCGGGUGGCGGUAUCAUUGGGCUUUAUACCACGUUCGUGUUUCUCGCUUCGCGAGUGCUGCGCGGAUUCUUCUCUGGAAUCUACACCAAGAUAAUGUUUGACGAUCUACCUAAUGUCGACCGGGUCCUUCAACUCUGUUUGGACAUAUAUCUGGUACGCGAGGCCCUCGAGUUGACAUUGGAAGAAGAUCUAUUCGCUAAACUUGUGUUCUUGUAUCGAUCGCCGGAAACUAUGAUCAAAUGGAGCCGACCACGCGAAGAAGACAGUCAGGAACAGAGGGCGCUCCCAGCACCGAACUAA